AUUUCCUAUGGCAGAAUUUGAAGUUAACUUUACAGCUACAUCAGAAAAGUAUGGCAUUAACAGAAAAUCAGUAUUGUGUGAAAUAUCUGACUAAGGUGGUCAAGUCACAGAAAAGAGAAAUACAGUCCACAGAAAGAAUGAUUACCAGCCUGUUACAUCUAGUGAAACAGCAACAUUUAAUCAUCAAAGGAUCGGGUAUGUUAACUUCUGACCUGAAGGGGAAUAUCAACAGAUCCAAAGCAUGGCUGAAGGGAGGGAAGUGUCAUUUGCUGAUCAAACAUUCACAGCUGGUAACCAGUCACUUUGUUUAUCUGGUCUCAUAGACUUCAAAAGCUUUCCUUCAGAGUGUAUAAUGGAAUCAGAAACAGGUACAGCAUCUGAAUCAUUAUUGUGCAAUAAAGAGACUGGACAUAUUAUUUCUUUAAAACAUUCAACUAAAACAAAAAGUGAAGGAAAUUCAUACAGCUACAAGUCAACAGCCACAGCUGGUGACACUCCAUUUCCAAAUAAAUCUCUUCCUUCAAGGGAGACAACUGUGAUAUGUAACCAGACAAAUGAAGCAAACACUGUACCAGUCAUACCAGAGAGACUGGUACCUUGUACAAAAAGUGCAGAAAUAACUUGCUCUUCUACAACAUGUUCUGUUUUAUCAGUAGAUUCUAGUGUAAAUAAACAAAAAUUAACAUUUAACAAUCAUAUGCUUCAAAAUGCUUUUAGAUUAGAAAAUAAAUCAUGUAGUUUAGUGAAAAACAGUGAUGUGUCUUACACUAGUCAGUCACUUGAUUCAACUUUUACUUUAGAGGAAAAUAAAUCAGACGAACAAAACUCUACAUUUACAUUGAUGGAUACCAGUGACAAGAAUCCAGAAAUCAUAGCAAGGACACCAGUUAAUGCUGACAAAUUUUCAAGGUCAUUUAAUUAUGAUCAAAGUAACUCUUGUGUGCCAAAUGUAAAUACAAAACUGUUUGUAAAUAAUACAAGUUCUAAUGUAUUAAGUAGUCUGUGUCAGAAUACUGAUAGUGCUAUUAAUAUGAAGCCACAUGUUGCUGCUUUGAGUGGCUGUGAUUCCACUGUCUCUGUUAAUAAUCAAUGCUGUCUGCUGUCUGCUGUCUACAUUGCAGUCUCCUUUAAGUGUAAACGCUUCACAUUCAAAUUCUAGUGUGACUGCAAUACAAUCCCAGAGUAAUGGAAUGAUUGAAUUGCAAUCUCAGUAUCAACUGGUGAGUGACAGUUUUGCUCUGCAUUUACAGAACAAUUUAACAGGAAAUACAUGUGUGGUGCAAUUUCCUAACAAUGUAAAUGAUAAGUUACACCUAUCAAAUAUUGACUUCUCACAAGAGAGAUGUAGUCUACAAAAUAGUUCUCCUAUAAAUCAUCAGUCUAGCUUAAUUAAUGUCGUGAGAAAAACACCAGAUGAACCGGUCUUUCUAUCUAGAACAAAUCAGUUAAGUAAUGAUAAUUUGACAUCCCAGACCAUUAACACAGAUACAUUAGAAUCAGCAGGAUAUGUGACAUCACAGACUGCAACCAUGGAAACACCAGACUUUCAAACUGGUGGAUUCUCAUCUGAUAGUAAAAGUCAUGCUGUUAGAUCGAUAACAUUUGGUGGUUUGCCCUGUACACCAGAUUCUGUAAGGAAAGCCCGAAGCUAUUCAGAAGUCGUUCAGUCACCACAAGUUGUAAGAACUCCACUGAAAGAAAUGAAUAACAACACACCUCUAAGUGAACAGAAUUUGAGCAGCAACACCAGAAAUAUCAGUGGAACAAGAAUUGGAGGAGGCCAAUACAUCUCGUGAGUUCUCCAGGUCAACUCCAGUCCCAUCAGGAUCAAAUACCACAUACACAAACCCUUCAGUUGAAAAGAGAAAAGCAUUGAAAAGAAAGAGUACACAAGACAUAGAAGAACUUACACAAAAAAAAUUACUUUUGGACAAUGAGAUGCUUAUCGAACAAAAAAAAAUGUAUGUCAAAAAACAAGAAAAGUAUGAUAUUGAAAUUCAAAAAAUGAAACUGGAAAUUGAAUAUUGGGCAUUAAAAAAAGAAUUAGUUGUGUUACAAAUCUGAUAAAAAAAAAUUCUAUUUUGUCAAAAAUUAAGUUUCAUACAUCCCACUCCUGUUUAUCAAGUACAUUGUAUUACAUUUUGAUUUCUCUGGUAAAUUUAUAAAAAAAGAAGGAAAUUGUUUGUUUGUAUAUAUAUAUUUAUUUGGAGCCCACCUGAUCAUUCAUACAAUUAGUUUCUUUAUUAAAAACUGUUUAAGGCGAAGUGUACGUAAUUAAACUUCACAAUGGAUUUUUUUUUAAUUUCACAUUCGAAUUCUGCUGGUAAAAUUACACCAGAAAAUGAAAUAAAAAAAGGGGGUAACCGUUUUCGUUUUUGAGAUACGAGCGUUGAAAUUAACUACACGAUACACCAAAAUUACAAAGGAUAUAUAGGGAAAAUCAUCAAAAUUCGCAGGUAUUUUUACAUUAUCAAGAUUUUCUAUUUUGUUGGACAAUGGAUUUUUUUCUAAAAUUGAUAUACGAUUUAAAAAUGAAAGACGAAUCCAUCAGUACAAAGAAAGUCCUUAGCAACCGUAUUAGUUUUUACGCUACUCUCUGUUGAAGUUUAGUUUUUGGCCGGGUUACAUUGAAAUUAUCUUGCGACGUCAUUGUCUGCAGUAACGUCGCCACAACUUCUACGUCAAAAUUCUAUUAUACCGUACAAUUGCCGUAGCAAUGGCGUUCGUGUGUAUUACCCAUCUUCCUAUGUAUUUCAAAUGAUCUUACGCUAUAAUUUGAUAAGGAAAUAAACUAACUAAUUUUAAAGAAUAUUUCUUUCGCAAAAGAAAAUGCAAGUUUGUAAAUUAAUUUACCGCAAAUAAAAGAAAUUUGCCGUAGACUCUAAUUUCAUCUUUUCUAUAUGUGAGUGAUUUCCGAACCUUUUUCAAUGUUGGCAUAGAUUGUUUAAUUCUUUUAUGAAUCAAAUAUCGAGUUUGAAUUUGUCCAGGUUAACAGUGUUGUCAGAAUGAAUUGAUCGGCUUUAAUACUAAGAUCGGGUAUACACCUCGUUUUCAAUCUUACUUCUGUAUGUUUGUAUUAAAAAAGUAGACCUAUUUUCUGCAUAUUUUCAUGUUCGUCAUUUCUGCAUGUUGUUAAUAAUCUGAGGAUUUGCACACAAUAUAGUCUACAUCAUAAACCUAUUUCAUUAGUCAUGUUUACACACAUGCUAAAGACGCAUCUCUGCCAAAACAUAUUUUAUUUUACAAAAUUUCCAAUCUCGAUCACUUUCCCUUUUCUUUAACUAAAGGACAAAGAAUGACGUAAUGUUUGCUGAAUGAAGUUUCAGUAACAUAAGAAAAUAUUUGUUUGUUCCAUGCAUUAUUUGUUAAAAAUCCGCAUUUAAUGAUUUCAAUUGAUUGAUUGAUUGUUGGUUGCUUAACGUCCAGUGGCAAAUAUAUCAUGCAUGUUCAGGACGAGAACAAGUUAAUAAUAAAUACAAUAGGAAGUUUUGUUCAUAACAGAGGCCAUCCGGGAUGAUGGUCUGGGAAAUUUGGAGUGCCACUAGAAAAUGAGAGUACAUGUAUACGGGAUAGGGACAGAAAUUUUGCCGCGUGCAACAGUCCACAUAUUCAACCCUUAAAUUAUAGUUGUUGCAAAGGUUUCUAACAGGCAGAGUGUGGCACUCUCUUUACACGAGGCAUCGGAUUUAGCGUUCCCAUUCUGACCGGACGUGACUGCGAGCUUAAUAAAUCCUGCACAGCCAAACGGAGGCUCCUCUUCGGCAAAUGUUUUACUGCCGGUCGGGAGAAUACCAAGCGAACAUAUUUCGUUUCCCCAGUCUCCCUUUGGGUAACACGGAUUUAAACAAAAAGCAUAAUGCAUACUAUGGUUCUUCAACUAUUUUAGUUCUUAUAUAUCCGUGGCUUUAAAAUGUUCUGCCUUUAGUGUCCCUUAUCUAGGUUAAUCCAGAAAAGUGAUUCAUUUCAUUUUAUCUUCAUAAUUUUUUAGACCGCAAUGAGGUUAAAAAGAUGGACUCGUUUAUAUAUACAUUUAAAACAAAAUAGAAAAGAUCGGAGCAUUUGGUAUAACUACCAAUAAAGUGUUGCCCUAGACUAGUCGUCAAAUUAUGUUCUCUUGGUAUCAUCUUAUUUUCUAAAUUGAUAUAAAACAUGUCCUAAAAUUUUCAUUAGCACAAAAAACGAACAUGUCAACGUUUUUUUUAAUCUAAAAAUUAAUUUCACAUGACUUUGUGUAACCUUAAACUUUAUGUUGAGUAUGUGUGUUUUUGUUCAAAACUACGGCUUUUAAAACGAUAUUGUUGGGUCAAUUCAGGUUUAAUUUUAAUAAUUAAAUACUUAUUCUAACAUGACGUCCUUCAAACGCUUUGAGUACACACCCGUUGUAAAAUAUGAAUAUAUUUCAUGGGCUGUUCCCAUUGUACCCCCACGUCAUAUGUUUUUUCAUGAAUGAGCGACUCGACGUCAUAGAACAUUGACGUCAGAAUAUAAGCAAUUUACGGGAAAAUACACGCUUGUGAAACGGAAAAUCAUCACAACAAGGAAACGUUAAUAAAUGAUGCUAACAUGAGUGAUAUUAGCCGAUUUUGUAUAUAUAUGAGACAUAUAAGUACAAUAAUAACUAGAUUCAUCUAAAAUUAUCUAAAUAUGUUAUUAUAAAUAGUUUAAGCAUCAUCAUUUAUUCAGUUUGCUCCGUUAUUUUACGUCAAUUUAAUAGUUAUAUAUUGGAACUGCAAAUAAUGCCAUCACCUAGAGCGCUUCGAUCCAAAAUAAUUGCCGUAUUUGUCCUAUUAGAAUGGAAAUAAUUCAUGGGGGCUUGAAUAUAUCUAGAUUUUACCACGGGUUGUCCCUUUAUGCCGAUAUUUUACCCCUCGCUAUCGCUCAGGGUAAAAUAUUUGUCAUAAAGGGCCAACCCGUGGUAAAAUCACGAUAUAUUCAAGCCCCCAUGAAUUAUUUCUUAAAUAAUAGAAGUAGAAUCGUCACAUGUUUAUUUAUUUAUAAUUCUGUUGUGAGGCGUUUUUACAAUAUGUUGAUAUCAUAAGUUUUUACACGAAAUGCCUUUCAUGUCCCAUGCGUCUGAAACAAAAAAAAUCAACUAGUAUUAAAGUCAGGCUGCACGAAACAAUAGAAUGCUUUGAUUUCUAAAUGGAGUAAUUCAGACAAUUUCUCAUGAUAAGUUUUUUUAAGACAGCACGGGCGUGCUUGUUGGAUUUAUAAUAGAGGGGGAGGACAGGGGUAAGGGAGACAGGGAGAAAUGGGGUAGGAGAAAGGAGAGGAAGGCUGGGAGAAAAGAGAAAAAGUUGGAGAAAAAAAUUAAAUAUGAAAAAAUAAAAUAUCUCUCUUUUUUCCGGUAAAUUAAAACAAAAAAAAUAAGGAGAAGUGGGGUAGGAGAACGGAGAAGUGUACCCUCCCUGUCCUCCCUCUCAUAAUAGACCGCAUGAAGUAUUUUUUCUUUCGUGUGUCCUUUCUUGGAGUAAGGGAGAUAACUUGCGUAACUAACGUCGAACGUUAUUAAUCCCGUUUUCCGCUAGGGGCGUGCAAUUACGUACACUUCGCCUUAAAUAGGAAAUUGAAAAUGCUUUCUGUCUACAAGAUUAACUUAAGGAAGUCUGCUGCUCAUAAUAAAUAACUUUCCAUAAAACUAGUAUAUAUUGAUAGGGGAUUAAUUGGAAAAUCAAAAAAGCAAAAAAAAAUAGGGGUAAAUGUGCUUGUUUUUGAGAUAAUAUACGUUGAAAUUCUGGUGGGAAAAUAUUCUCUCUUGACUUUUCAUAGCUUUAUCAUUGACCAGUUACAGUUCUCAAAAACUAUCAAAAAAUAAAUAAAAAUUUAUAAAACUUUUACAAAUUGCUUAUAAUUAUACCUGGAAAAGAUUUAUCAACAGAAAAAUUGGGGGUUCAUGGGCACAUUUUUUAAGGCAUUGAAUUGGAUAAAACCACAGGAUUUUGAUAAUCUGAGAGAAAACUCCAAAACAUGACAAGCAAACAUCCUUAAGUAAGAUUUUUAUAGAAUUAAACUGACUAUAAAUGUAGUCAAACAUUACCAACUAAAUAUUACAGUUGGUCGUUUUAACAAUAUUCUAAGAUAUCAUACAAUUGUAUAUGUAUAAGCAGUCACAUGAUUUGUAUUGAAAAUGAGUACCAUCUUUUUUUAGUAUGUCCUGCAUUCAGAUCAUUGAGGCAACAGUUUUUACAAAAAUAUAUGUUAUUCUUCAUGGCCAAAUAACAGAAAGCUAGUCAUGCUAGUAUUUAUUUUACGGGAUAGCCCAAAGAAUUUAACUUAAAAUUGUUUAAAUAUCUAAAUACAUCAUGGAAUUAUUGAUCCCGAAUCAUUAUUGCAUAAAAGUUGUAGUUCUGUACUCUUUAUUAACCUUAUUGUCUUAUUCUCUUCAUGUUUACUGUCAUCAUUGUCUAUAUUUAUUAUCUUAUAGUUCUGUAUCAUUAUGUUUCCUUCAGCAAUCAGAAAUGUUAAAAUCUCAUGUAGUAACAACAAUGGAGUGUGUCAUUUAAGCACAUAUAAAAGCGGAACCAUUUUUAAUACAAAAGUUUCUUAACGAUUAUUAUAUGUUUAUAUUCUUGACUGUAUUAUUGAAUUAACCAGAUGUAGUGCAUCUUAUGUGAUAUAUUUAAUAUUUAUGCACGGUUUGUUAAUUUAUUGAUUAAUGUUUGAAUUUUUAUGCUGUUAUUGAAUUGAAGCAAGCAAGAACUGUAUAGUUAUUGGUUUUAUUUAUUUCUGGAACAUAUUUAUUUGUUAUCACAGCGUGUAAA